GUCAUGUUCGUGGCGGUGUGGUUCGAGGGCUGGAGGGACAUGUUCGUGGACGUCCUGGACCCGCUCCUGGUGGUGCGCAGCGACACGGACAAGGCGCUGCCCGGCCAGCAGCGGCAGCGCCUCCGGCGAGCGGCCUGGGCGACUACCCUCCUGUGCGCGGCCGUGGCGCUCUGGGACCGCCG